UUGAGAACAACCGAAAGUCCUGUGGGUGUUGCCUAAAAGGUGUUUGGUAUAAUGCUCUUGAGAACUACGGUUUUAUGAAGUCCGAAUCGGAUGAACGGGUGUGAAUAGUUGUUACAAAGAAGGAAUUUCAUAUUCCUUGUGCAGGUCAUGGGCGAUGAAGAAGCUUUUAUCCCUUAGUUUUUCUACCGGAAGACAGUCGUCGCAUUCCAAGACCGAGUCUCAAAAUGGUUCCUUCUAGCACCCGUGAAGUGAAAUGUCAUCUCCUUCUGGCAACAUUGUUUUGAAAUUUUGUCAUAUCAUUUUGACUUGGGUUCUGCUCGCAAUCCUUCCUAAAGAAUUUAGGAGAUGUUUGAUUCCCAAAAAAUCCCCCCUUUUUCUACAUGUAAGGGUCCUGCACUUCCACGACGGGUUCUCAAAACCUGUUUUAAUGGGUCCUUCUAACAAAGAUGAAGAGGCAUGUUAUCUCCUUUUCACGACAUUGUUUUCAAGUCUUCUCUUAUCAUUCCCACUUGGAUCCUGCUCUCAAUCCUUUAUCCUUCUUUAGAAGAUGCUUUAGUGAAAAACUUUCUUCCUUUGAUUCUACCACCAGAAAUUUUCCUGAUUAUUCCCCAAAGAAACCUAUCAUUCAAGAUUCUGAACUGGUUCAUCGUAUUUCCAUUGCAAUUAAGCAACGCCGCUCUGAGCCUCUCCGUCGUGUUCUAAAGCCCUAUGAAUCCAAAUUCCGGGCUGAUCACCUCAUUUGGGUUCUUAUGAACAUUAAGAAUGAUUACAGAUUGGUUUUAAGUUUCUUUGAGUGGGCCUGCCUACGCAGAGACCCAUCACUGGAAGCACGUUGCAUUGUUGCUCAAAUAGCAACGGCUUCAAAGGAUCUGAAAAUGGCUCGCAAGCUCAUCCAGGAUUUUUGGGUCAAUCCCAAUUUGGAUGUUGGUGUUUCUUUUGGUCAUUUUGUUGAGCAGUUGAUAUACACUUACAAGGACUGGGGUUCAGACCCCCGUGUCUUUGAUAUUUUCUUUCAGGUCCUUGUUGAAGCUGGGAUGCUCGAUGAAGCAAGAAAACUUUUUGAUAAGAUGCUGAAUUAUGGGUUGCUCAUCUCUGUUGACUCUUGUAAUUUAUUUAUUUCUCAUUUAUCAGAGGAUCUUGACGGGAUCAAAAUUGCUUUAAAGGUUUUCGCGGAAUUUCCUGAAGUGGGUGUAUGUUGGAAUACUGCAUCAUAUAAUAUUAUAACACAUUCUCUUUGUCAAUUAGGGAGAGUGGUAGAAGCUCACCAGCUUCUCUUGCAAAUGGAGCUGAGAGGCUGUAUGCCUGAUGUUAUAAGUUAUAGUACUGUAAUUAAUGGAUAUUGUCAAGUUGGGGAGCUCCAAAGGGUUUUGAAGCUCAUAGAGGAAAUGCAAAUAAAAGGAUUGAAGCCAAACCCAUAUACUUACAAUGGCGUAAUCCUUCUUCUGUGUAAGACUGGUAAAGUAGCAGAAGCAGAGAGGGUCCUUAGGGAGAUGAUUAGCGAGGGAAUUGCCCCAGAUGGUGUCAUCUACACAACAUUAAUUGAUGGUUUCUGCAAGCUUGGGAAUGUCUCAUCGGCAUAUAGGCUGUUUGAUGAAAUGCAGAAGCGAAAAAUUAGUCCUGACUUUAUAACAUAUACUGCUGUUAUAUGUGGACUAUGUCAAACAGGAAGGGUGAUGGAAGCAGAUAAGCUCUUCCAUGAAAUGGUCUGCAAGCGGUUGGAACCAGAUGAAGUUACCUACACAGCACUUAUUGAUGGUUAUUGCAAAGAAGGGAAGAUGAAAGAAGCCUUUUCCCUUCACAACCAAAUGCUUCAGAUGGGACUGACCCCAAAUAUUGUCACUUACACUGCACUGGCUGAUGGUCUUUGCAAAUGUGGGGAGGUUGAUACAGCAAAUGAGCUUCUUCAUGAGAUGUGCAGAAAGGGUCUUGAACUGAAUAUCUACACUUACAACUCACUUGUUAAUGGUCUCUGUAAAGCAGGAAAUAUAGAUCAAGCAGUAAAGCUAAUGAAAGAUAUGGAAGUGGCGGGGUUCCAUCCUGAUGCUGUUACUUAUACUACUCUAAUGGAUGCUUAUUGCAAGUCAAGAGAGAUGGUUAGGGCCCAUGAGCUCCUGCGUCAGAUGCUGGAUAGAGAGCUUCAACCCACAGUUGUUACAUUCAAUGUGCUAAUGAAUGGGUUUUGUAUGUCAGGGAUGCUAGAAGAUGGUGAGAAGCUACUAAAAUGGAUGCUGGAGAAGGGUAUUAUGCCAAAUGCCACCACCUACAAUUCUCUUAUGAAACAGUACUGCAUUAGAAAUAACAUGCGUGCCACAACUGAAAUUUAUAGAGGAAUGUGUGCCAAAGGAGUGGUGCCUGAUGGCAACACCUAUAACAUAUUGAUAAAAGGGCAUUGUAAAGCAAGGAAUAUGAAAGAGGCAUGGUUUUUACACAGAGACAUGGUUGGGAAGGGAUUUAAUCUCACAGUUAGUUCCUACAAUGCUCUCAUCAAGGGUUUUUACAAGAGGAAGAAAUUUUUGGAGGCAAGGGAACUGUUUGAGCAAAUGAGAAGAGAAGGCCUGGUUGCAGAUAGGGAAAUAUAUAACAUAUUUGCUGAUAUAAAUUAUGAUGAAGGCAAAAUGGAGUUGACUCUUGAGCUUUGUGAUGAAGCAAUAGAGAAAUGUCUUGUGGGUGACAUCCAAACUAAGAACACAUAACUUGGUUUUAUCUAUGAUAGGAUUAUGGUGGAUAGAAAUGUUUGGUUUGCAUGUGCGUAGGUUGGAUGGUGGGCUCCUUGCACAAACUGGCCUCAUCAAUUCGUAAUCAUGGUAAUGGUUUUUCUUUGGCUUCUUUAUAUUGCCCUUCAAUCUGGUUCUUUGCAAUUGCUUAGAAUUUAGAAGCUACUUUGGUGUAUAGUAAUUUUUAUCAGUGAAUGUCAUGGUAGGUAUGAGAUUGUUAUACAUUACUUGUAUAAAGGCAUCAAGUAACCAUGAGAUUGGUGGGUAGAAUGGUUUGGUAUUUAGAUGUUAUGCUUCCAUCUUUUAUGACAGCAAUCUUCAUGUCUAUUUUCUUCUACUGAUUAAUAAUUGACCUAAGAUGAUUUUGUGACACAGAUUGAUUUCAGGGAGAGUAGAAGAAAAAUACAAACCACCAUAGGCAUUAUCGUCUUCCAUUAUUAAUUAAAGUUGAAAAGUCUAAAUGAUUGAAUGAAAAAUAAUUUAACAUAUCUUGGAACUGCCAUUCAAAAACUAGCAGGCUACUCAUUGUUAUAGUUGGAUGUCAAAGACUUUACUAAGAGCAAAACAAAUUGUUACUAUUCAUUAUCAGUCUAUUUAUUGUCUAGAUGAUCUUCCUUUAUAAAAAUAAUAAUAAAAAAAAGCAUAGAGAUGUAAAAUUAAAAAUCACACAAAAUCUUUACUAAGAACAAAAGAAGAAAAACAAUAUGUGAUUUUGUCAAAAAAAAUUAUAUUUCUAUUUCAUACAGUAGUUGAAAGAAAGAAUAAUUUAUACCGAUUGGUGCCUUUAUUUACUGUAUACUCAUUCAAAUCUAUAGUAUCCGUUGUGCCAUAAAAAUAGAAUUGGUUGAAGUUGAUAAAAUAUAAAAUAAAGAAUCCAAAGGACUUCCAUUUGUCUUUCUGUCUAUUUUUAUCAUGAUGCAUUUAUAAAUGGAAUAAAAUACAUCGAAAAGUUUUAGAACCCAACCAUUUCCUAAUUAAUUGUAUAUUCAUGAAAAGAUAAUUAUAAAACUCAUUAAAAGGUAACAAACAAAACAACAGAAUAGUAAAUAGCCUGCCUAUCUGGUGGAAAAGAGCUAUAGAAUAACAAUCACCCCCAAUAAGAAGUUGCAAAAAAUAACAUGGCCAAUUCUAAGCACAAUGUAGCAUUUUUGGGUUUCUUAUCUUACACCUUUCAUCAUUAGUUAAACAUUAUAUCACCUUUUUAUUUGUUAUUUUUAGUUAGAAUUAUUUCACCAUGUACUAUUAGUUAAAAAUUCUAUCAAUGUUAGAGCAGGCAUGUUUAAAAAUUAGGAAAUGAGCUUUAACAUCAAUAGGAGAGCACUGGAAAACAAGCAAAUCUUUGAUGUCCUGUUUGUGAAUCAUGAAAUUCCUUGGGAGCCCUAAAAUAUGUGUUUUGAUUGUCAGAACUACUUACCUUAUCCUAGUCAUUCUUCUGUGCUUGUGGCUGAUGGAGAUGACUAGAUGAACAAACUUCAGAUGUAGCAUGCCAGCUUGCUCAGAAAUCUCCAGUCCUGCCUUGGAGCUGGCUGCCAUCUGUUUAAAUCAUGGAAAUUGAUUUAUCAUUGUUCUGUAUUUCCAGGAUUUUUUCUGAUUCUAGUUGGAAUCAGUGGAUUUUGGGGUUUUUCUUGCAACUAAAGUAUAUCUAAAACUCUAAAAUAUUUAUUUAGGUUACUGAACUGAGCAUACUGUGUUUUUCCAAGAGUUUAGUUUGCAAUAGUUCCCACAGAAAGAAAUCGUCUGCUGUUCAAUGUAAUCUCUCUGUUAUUCAUCUGAGGAGUUACUUGGAGUUGAACAGAAAGCCUAUGAUUCCAGGAAGCAAAGAUUUAAUUUGUUGCAGGCUCUCUCAUGAGUGGAACUAAAGCAUGUGAAGAACCGAUUCUCAUCCAUCAUUUAUCCUCUCAAUGCCUUAACAACCCAGCUUAUUUGUAGGUGUUGCCUAAUUGGAAUUUCCUCAUGGCCUCCCAAUCUCAGAUUAGAACAACAAAACAGCCCAUUUUGUUUAGGUUCUUGGUCUUGGGUAGCAGAACCUCUUGAUGAAGGAAUGCAAAAACUAGCUUAUUUGCAAUGCCUACCAAGAGAUUUGCCUAGCACAAAAUUCAAGAAACUGGUCCGAGGAGAAAGGGAAGAGCCCUAUUCUGGAUGGAAAGACAUUAAGCUUGGCCUGUAUGACAACGCAUCCAGUCUCGUUCAAACUGAUCUCAGGGUAAGUGCUGAAAUUCUCUCUUUAAAAAAUUCAGGUAUAGCAAAUAUAGAAGAAUUUUGAGAUGAAAUUCCCCACUGAAGAGACCGAAGAUACCCGUCAGAGGCAUUUCAGAAGUUAAUCCAAAAAGACAAGCAAAAGCUGCUUCUUAACAACCACCAUGGUUACUAGGAGUACCUGAUAAAUCUUUCUACUUAGGAAGAGAGGAAAUGUUGUGAUUAUUGUAAAAGAGGUUUGAUCAUUGUCCACUUGAAGAGCCGUAUCAUAGUUAAAAAUUGAGGGUUGGUGAUUC